AUGGCCUCAGAAAAGCGUCUUCGUCGCAUAUCACAAUCCAAACCCCGUUCUCCUACCGGUCCGAAACGUUCCACCAGCCUGCGCCGUGCUUACAACUACUUUUUCCAUCCAGAGACAGAUCCAAGCCCCAGCAAGACUGUCCCCCAAAAGCAACCUGAGCAAAAAAGCCCUCCUCCAGAGGCUCCCAAGCCGCCACAGACGCCUGCGGCCCAAAUUGAGAGUCUUCAGAAAGAACUACAACAAUGUCAGAAAGAAUUGGAGGAGGCUCGGGAAAUGCUAUUGUCCCAGGACCAGGAGCUCAACCGCCAGGAAGAGAUCCGGCAAAAACGAGAAGAAGAAUACAAAGCCAAAGAGGAUGGUCUGAAGCAGAGAAAAGCAACGUUGGAGGAGAACAUGGUGACGGUAGUUGUGCAACAGAUAAAAGAUGCACGCAAGGCCGAGCGAGAAGCAGUCAGAGAAGAACUCACCCGUGAACACCAAAUCAGCACCGAUGGCAUCCAUCACAAAUACAAAUCAAGAGUUGCUAUCCUGACGCAAGAGCUCCAUGAUGCGAGAGCCGGGAAUGAGUUUCUGAAAGCUGAUUAUGAGUCUCAGAUCUCCAGUCUUCGCGCUGAAACAGCAUCCAAGUCGAAUGAUCUUGAAGCUGCGAAAGAGGCACUGGCUGAGACCACCGAAAGUCUGAAGAAUGUCCAGCAAGUCUCGACACAAGCUCUUCAGCAAUCCGAGCAGGCUACAUCCUCGCUUAGGGCUGAACUUGAAAGCCGCAUCGCAGCCCUCACCAUGGAUCUGUCAGGCGCCCGGUCAGGCCUUGAAGCUGCCGAACUGAACGUUGAUGGCCACGUCAAGCGUUAUGCUGAGCUACAAACCUCCUCGGCUAAGGCGCUCGAAGAAGCAAAUCAAUCUCUAACAUCUACAAGAGACCAGCUACAGGCUCAAAUUGAAUCUCAACGGGAAGAAAUCUCUCGCGCGAAGGAAUCUCUGCACGCCGCUACUCUCAAGGAUGAGGCUGAGCUCUCGAGCCGGAAGGUGCUCGAGGGCGACCUAGCAUCUGCGAACAAUAAAAUUGCUGAACUCACUACGAGUCUAGAUGGCUUCUCCGAAUCUAAGGAAGCGCUUGCCCAGUCUGAGGCCAAGAUUGCAGAUCUCACAAAGCAACUAGAAGACUAUUCGGAUGUCAAGGUCGCCCUCGACGCCUCUGUAGUAAAAGUUGCUGAGCUGAACACGGAACUGGACACUGCUAAAUCCUACAAGCAAGAUCUUGAAGCAUCAAACGCCAAGAUCGUAGAGUUGACAGCAGAGCUUGAGAGCUCAGCAGGUGUCAAAACUGCUCUAGAGACUGCCGAAGCUAGAAUCAACGAACUUCAGAUGGAAUUAGAACCAUAUGCACAACUCAAGCUCGACAUGGAAACCGAAAGGGAGCGUUCAGCGACCCUCUCCAAAGACAUCGAUGGCCAUCUUGCCGCCAUUGCAGAACUCCAACAAACACUCCAGGAUGCAGAAGUUCGUGCGACAGAAUCACAGGAAAAUCACCAAUCCCUCACAAAGGAGCUUGAAACCACGAAAGCGGACCUAACAAGUGAGCUGUCAAAUCAUGCCGCCACCAGGGACAUGCACGAGAAAGUCAAAGCUGCAAUGGCUGCGAUGGAAGAGGCGAAAUCUUCUGCCGAAGAGAAGGUCGCAGUUCUCCAGGGAAGCAAUGAGAAGCUUGCCACGGACCUAACGGCAGCUCAAGAGCUCGUCAGAGCCGCAGAAGCCGAUUCGACCACUUCUCAAGCCGACAAGGACCACCUAGUUGAAGAAGUGGCCGCGAUCACUGCUGCGAAGACCGCACUGGAGACACAAUUGUCAGGCACAGAGGCAGAAAAAGUAAAGCUGGCUGAUGCCGCCAACGCUGCAGAAGCAGAGCUCGCAAAGCUUAAAGAAGAGUUUGCUGCAUUGAAUGCAUCGAGUGAAUCAACAACCGAACAAUCCAACGUGCUCCAUGCCCAAAAUGCCACACUGAGUGAAGAGGUGGAAGCCUUGAAGAGCCAAAUUGCCGAGCUAACAGCCUCGACUCAAGCUGCUACAGCUGCGAAGGAAGUGGCAGAGCAACAAGUCACAGCUAUUGAGUCUGAGAAGACCAAAUUGGGUGAAGAGCUGGAGGCCAUCAAAACAACACACGGAACCUCAGAAGCUACCAUCGGCUCUCUAGAGGCGGACAAGUCGAAACUUGCCGCAGACCUCGAGGCCGCUAAUAGUGCUAGAACUCAUGCAGAGUCGCAAAUCAAAUCACUGCAAGACGAGGUUGAGGCUGUUAGAACUGAUCUUGGAAAGCAAUUACUUGCUGCCCAGGCCACAGGAUCAUCCGGUCAAGAGGCCCUAGAAAAGGCAAAUGCUCUCAAAUCGGACCUUGAAGGGCAGCUUUCUGAGGCACAAAACGUGCAGAAAGAAGCAGUCUCUGCUCUUGCGGCGGCCCGGGAAAGCGGAAAUGAAAAGGAGCGUGCUCUGGAGGAGCAGUUGUCUACUGCACAAGCUGCACAAGUAACAGCUGAAGAAGCUUUGAGCAAGCUCCAAGACACAGCCAAGUCAUCCACGGCUGAUGCCGAGCUGAAGCUCGCUGAAGCUGAAUCUGCACAUCAAGCAACGGUGAACGAGUUGACGGCGGCUCGAGACGAUGCUAAGGCCCUGGUUGUCACACUAGAGCAACAACUUGUGGAGUCAAAAGCUUCAAUGGAGGCCAACGCCGGUCUUGAAGCAAAACUUGCCCAAGCGGAAGAAUUAAAGGCUCAGGCAGAGAGCAGUCUCAAAGAGCUGGAAGUCUCAAAGGCUGAGCUUGAGGCAAAAGUUGCAGAGUUGAAUGCGGCAGUCGAUGAAAAAGCUAAGGUGGAGAUUCAGCUAAAGGAUGUUGAAACGAAGCUGGAAGCGUCGCUUGCCGAGCAGACUGCUUCCCAAACGAAGACAAAGGAACUUCAAGACGAAAUCGAGUCAUUCAAAGCUAGCCAACAGACCAGCGAUAGCACCGCAUUGGACCUUGAAGCCAAAACUAAAGAAAUCGAAGUCCUUGCGGCGAGUAAAACAACCGCUGAAUCCGGUUUGAAAGAAGCUGAAUCAAAGCUCGCGGCACUACAGACAGAGUUUGACUCGCUGAAAGCAUCAACCUCAGCGACAAAUAAAGCCGCCGAAGAUCUCGCCGCCAAGGAAGAACAGCUGAAAAGUCAGACCCAAGAACUCGAGACGCUGAAGACUGAACUAGCAGCCAGAGCUACUGAAGUCGAGGAGUUGAAAGCCAGCCUGGAGUCUGCCAAGUCUGAGCUCCCACAAUCGCCCACCUCUCCACAAACUGCG